AUGGCGCAAGCCGCUACUACUGCUGCAACAGCAACAGACACUGGUAGUGGUGGUUCUGAAACUACUACUUUACUGCCAACGACGGAUCCAGAAAGCACAGCUACUGGAAAUGCAAGUACUGGAGAAACAGCGUCAUCAGCAACAACCAUGGUAUCAAGCACUACCCUGUCGCGAAGCAUGCUACCAACAAAUACCACGCCAACAGCGCCAUUGGCAACAAGUGCAGUUACUGGUACUGGUGAUUCUGACACUACUACUUUACUGGCAACAACAGUGAAGACCACAUCACCUACAAUGGCGCAAGCCACUACUACUGCUGCAACAGCAACAGACACUGGUAGUGGUGGUUCUGAAACUACUACUUUACUGCCGACGACGGAUCCAGAAAGCACAGCUACUGGAAAUGCAAGUACUGGAGAAACAGCGUCAUCAGCAACAACCAUGGUAUCAAGCACUACCCUGUCGCGAAGCAUGCUACCAACAAAUACCACGCCAACAGCGCCAUUGGCAACAAGUGCAGUUACUGGUACUGGUGAUUCUGACACUACUACUUUACUGGCAACAACAGUGAAGACCACAUCACCUACAAUGGCGCAAGCCACUACUACUGCUGCAACAGCAACAGACACUGGUAGUGGUGGUUCUGAAACUACUACUUUACUGCCGACGACGGAUCCAGAAAGCACAGCUACUGGAAAUGCAAGUACUGGAGAAACAGCGUCAUCAGCAACAACCAUGGUAUCAAGCACUACCCUGUCGCGAAGCAUGCUACCAACAAAUACCACGCCAACAGCGCCAUUGGCAACAAGUGCAGUUACUGGUACUGGUGAUUCUGACACUACUACUUUACUGGCAACAACAGUGAAGACCACAUCACCUACAAUGGCGCAAGCCGCUACUACUGCUCCAACAGCAACAGACACUGGUAGUGGUGGUUCUGAAACUACUACUUUACUGCCGACGACGGAUCCAGAAAGCACAGCUACUGGAAAUGCAAGUACUGGAGAAACAGCGUCAUCAGCAACAACCAUGGUAUCAAGCACUACCCUGUCGCCAAGCAUGCUACCAACAAAUACCACGCCAACAGCGCCAUUGGCAACAAGUGCAGCUGUAGUACAGGACUGGACCGUUGUGCUGGUUCAGUGGCAGAGUUGA